UCGAUCCUCCUCGCUCACCCUCUCGCUCUCCGGCAAGAAGCGAAGAGGAACAAGACGAAAUUCGCAAUUGUUCUUUGCUCUUUCUUUCGUUCUUCUUCUUCUUCUCUCUCUCUCUCUCGCACCGGAAGGAAGAGGAGACAAGGAAGAGAAGGAAGAGGAGACAGAGAAGAGGAGAGCGAGAGACGAGGAGGAGGAGGAAGAAGAAGAAGAAGAAGAGGAAGAGGGAGGAAGGAAGAGAAGAGGAGAAAAUCCUAUUAAUUUUUCCAGGGAGUGAAAAAAAGGAAGAAAGAAGGAAGAGAAGAACAAGAAGAACCAAGUGUUAUCCCCCCUAAGAAUAGAGAGAGAAAGAAAAAUAACAAUAACUAGAGGGAGAAGAAAAAAAACCCGAAGGAAAACAACAACAAAAACCCUAGAGAGUGAGAAAGGAAACAAAAAAACAAAACAAAACAGAAAAUUAGAGAAAGAGACACAGAAAGAAAGAAAAAGAAACAGACAGAAAGAAAAGGAGACACAGAAAGAAAAGAAAGAAAAAAAGAAACAGAAGGAAAGAAACCGACACAGAAAGAAAAGAAAAAAAGAAACAGAAAGAGAGAGAAAAGAAAGAAAAGAGAGAGAAAGCCACAAGCCCCCGCCCCCCCGAGUUGAAGGGACUCCUGGUGGAUUGAUGGCCAUUCGGGGUAAGUGCAGCGGCCCCCCUCCGCCUCCCCCCCCGCCGCUGCCUCUCCCCCCCCGGUGCAGCUGCCAGGCCUAGACUAACACCCCCCAACCCCCCCUUCAAAAAACAAAAAAAAAAACACACCAAAAUAAUCUCUAUUUGCCUUAAGAUAUGCCUAGAAUGAGCAGGAAGACGUCCUACUCUUACCAUGGAGUCAAUGAAGGAGAGAGUGAGGAUGGGCAGCGUUUGAGGUUCCAGAUUGAGCUGGAGUUUGUCCAGUGUCUGGCUAACCCCAACUACCUGCUCUUCCUGGCACAGCGUGGUUACUUCAAGGACCAGACCUUCAUUAACUACCUCAAGUAUCUUCAGUACUGGAAAGAGCCUGAAUAUGCAAAGUACUUGAAAUACCCUGUGUGCCUUUAUUUCUUGGACCUUUUGCAGCACGAAAACUUCAGGAAGGAGAUUGUCAACGGCCAGUGCGCCAAAUUCAUUGACGACCAGACUGUGCUCCACUGGCAACACUACACCAGGAAGCGCAUGAAACUUCUCGAAACUGGCUUCAAUCAACAGGGCUCACACACUCCAGUUUCUCAGACGACUGCCGUUUCAGGAGCACAGCCACAGGCUACUUUGCCCACCAGUCUUAUUAAUGGGCAUGGGCAGAUCCAGAAAGUGUGA